UUUAAAUUCUCCUUUAAAUUUAAAAAGGUGUUUUUGUAUUGUUUUUCUCCUUUUUUGUCUACAUAUUAUGGCUUCAAUUAUUUUAAAAAUUAUUAUUUGCUUUGGUUUUAUAUUAUUAAAUAAAAUAUUAAUUUUAAAUUCAAUCCCUGUUGGUGGAAAACCUCCAGAAGAUUUUGAUUGUCCUUCACCUCUUGGCAAUAUUUAUGGAAAUUCUCUUUUUGGAAAUGAUGCAAUUGAGUGGGAACAGAAAAGGCAAUUUUGGUUAACAAUGGAUGUUUAUACAAAAUCUUUAAAUGAUUGUGUACAUCAAUGUUAUGGAUAUAGAUUUUGUUAUUCAAUUCUUUUUUUGUCAAAUAAUUCAAUUAAAAAAACUUGUCGUCUUUUUCUUCAUUCGAGUGACGAUUGUAAUGGAAAAAUAUUGUUAUCUACAGAAAAAAUUGAAAAAUUAAGUUUAGAAGAAAAUAAAAAUGUUGUUGUUGUUGAAUGUUUAAAAUGUAGAAAAAUUGAAAAGGAAGAGAAUGAACCUUUAAUUAGUGGACCUGAAGAUGUCCCUAAAGGAUUUAAAAGAUUAAUAUCUUCAGUUAAUCAACAAAAACAAAACGAUGAUCCAUUAAAAAGUUCAGUAGAAAAUGGCGAAGGAGCGAAUAAAGCUAUAAUAUCCCCAAAUAAUAAAGCAAAAGAAAAUGGAGGAGAAAGGAUAGAUGAAGAAGCUAAUCUUCGAAAACAAAGGCAAAUUUGGAGAGCUUGUCUAGUUACUUUUGAAGUAUUCCCAGAAAUUGAAAGGGAUAAAGCUUUGGCUAAUUUUAAAUUAUCUAAAACUGCUUCAGUUUCUAGUUUAAAUGAAUGUGCCUUUAUUUGUUAUCAAAAUGCUUGCUCAAACGUUCUUUUUGAAUUGGGCCCGGGAGGAGAAGAAUCUACUGAGGGUAGUGGAGUUAGGCUUUCAAAAUGUCAUUUGGAUAUGGAAUCGAAUACAGAAAAAUGUAGUGGAAAUUUACAAAGACAUUACUCUUAUCCAAAUAUUAAUAUGACAUUAAUGAGUUGUGUACGUUGUGUAGCAAAAAAGCCAACAACAGUAUCACCAUUUGCUGAAAUUUUUGCAAGAAGUACAGCUUCAACUCCAACACAAAAUGAAACUACACAUGAAGCAACAUAUGAAACACCGACUAAUAUUCCAACAAUUGCAGCAAAUCCAUUAAAAGAAAAUAAUUCUGUAAAUAAAACAAAUGAAGAAGUACCUCACUCAACAACUUCAGAAUCUACAACUAUUUUAUUAUCACAAGAAGUAAUAACACAAACCCCUUUUUCUUCUCCAAGUCAAAUACAGGCAGAAACAGAACAAUUUAAAAAUGCAACAGUAAUUGAAGCAACAGGAUUAGCAGCUAUUGAUACAAAAAUAACUAGAAUAACCCCUAAUAAAGAAGAGACUACUUCAACAACAAAAGCAACAACGGAAAAAGAAGAAGAAGGAGAGCAACUCCAAUCAACAACUCCAAUUGAUGAAGGAAUACCGCUUCUUCCAAUUAAAAUAGUUAGCGAACAUGAAAUAAUAAAUGGAUCAACAGUUCGGCCAAAAUCUGUUGGUGUAGCUAUACCUAAUAGACAAAAACAAAUUAGUUCUGAAAAAGAAAAAGUUUUAAAUAAAACAAAAGAGGAGGAGGAAGAAGAAGAAGAAUUAACAACUUUAGAACCUUUAAUUUCUCCAGAACAACAUAUUUUGGCUGGCUCUGUUAUUUCACUUCAAAAUGAGACUGUUAAACCAAAAACUGAAAAUUCUGAAAUAAAAUCUAAGAAAGAAGGAGAGAAUGAAGCUUCUUCUACUCCAGGAAAUGUUGAAGGAGGUUUAGUAGAUAAAACAGAAGAAGAACAAGAAGGAACAACGGCGAUAACAAUUAAUCCAAAAGAAUCUGAAGAAAAUAAAGAAUUUGUUGGAGGGGGAGGUAUUUUUGAAGAGAAACCAAAAAAUGCUUCAGAAGAAACAUUAAAAACGGAAGCAACAUAUGAAACACCUACACCUUUAUUGCCUUCAACAACCCCAAUUAUUCCAAUAAUUGCAGCAAAUCCAUUAGAAGGAAAUAAUUCUGAAAAUAAAACAAAUGAAGAAAUACCUCCCUCCUCCUCCUCAACAACAACAAAUAUUCCUUUAGCAACAACAACUGUUGAAAGUGAAAUUGGGGGAAUUGUUCCUGUAAUUAUUGAAAAUGAAAACAAAAAUCAAACAGAAGAUUUAAAUGAAGGGGAAACAAAUAAAACAGAAAAUGAAGCAACAUCAACAACAAUAAAUCCUCUAAAUGAGGUAUCUCCAACAAUUACAAGCAGUCCAGGUUUUGGUCCUUUAAUUAUUGGUGGAACAACAACAAAAGAAGGAAAUGAAACUUUUGCUUCAGAAACAACAACAAUAUCAACAUUAGGAAAUGCUACAGUUUCUGCUAAUGAAGGAAUAAUAAAUGAAUCAACAUAUCCAUCAGAAUUUGGAUCGACAAUAAAAGAAAAUGAGGGAAAUAAAACAAGUAGUGAGGAAAGUAAUAUUGAAGGAGAAGGAUCUGUUAUUAGUGAGGAAAUACAAGAAAAAGAAUCAAGUACUUCAAUUGGACCUGAAACUGAGCCAAAAGUAUUUGGAAUAUCACAAGAAGGGCAAAAUGAAAGUUCUGAAAUUCCCCUUCAGUCUAACUUUACAACAAUUCCUACACCAAUUUCUACAGGAACAGAAGGAUUGGAAUCAACAAAAGAAUCGAGUCAUGAAACGGAAAUUGAAGGCCCUAUAAUUCUCGGCGGUUCUGAAUCUAAUUUAAGCGAAACAACAACUGAGACAACUCCUGAAACUGAAAAAGCGAUUGAAGCAAAUGUUACUAAUCUAACUGAAGCAACAACACCUGAAACAUAUGAAGCAAAUGCAACAGUUUCGGAAGCAACUUCAACAAAGGAAGCAGUAAUUGGAGUAAUACCUAUUGAGAAUGAAAAAGAAGUUUCGGAAAUUCCGAGUAGUGCUGAAGCAAAUGCAACAGAAGCUACGGAAGCAUUAAAUGCUACAGAGGCAGGGAUUUUAGGUGCAGUACAACCUUCAGAAAUGCCAAUCACUUCAGAAGUAAAUUCUACAACUCCUGAAAAUUAUGAAGCAAAUACUACGCUUAAAGGGGUUUCUGAAAUAGUUUCUUCAACAUCAGGAGAGGAAGUAUUUGGAGUAAUACCUUUAGGAGGUGAACAUGAAUCGUCUGAAAUUCCACCAGAAUCAACUUUGGCUAAUAAAGAAAUCGAGAUAACACAAGCUUCAGAAAUAAAUACAACAUCGACUCCAGAGACUUACGAAUUAAAUGCUACAACUACGGGAAUUUCUGAAGCAACUGUUCCAACAUCAAAGGAAGAAAUAUUCGGUGUAAUACCACCACAUGAAGAAGGAGAAUCCUCAGAACUACCAACAAGUUCUGAGGUAAAUACUACAAGUAUAGGAAUAUCAUCAAAUACUGAAGCUGGAAUUACAAAUGAAACUUUAUUAGAAACAACGCCGAUUUCUGAUGUAGAGAAAGAAAAGCUUGGAGCAGUAGCGGGAGCAAUUAGCGUUAUUGGUGCUUCAGAAGCAAAUGCAACAGCACAAACUGCUAAUAAAACAGAAGAAUCUACUCAUUUUGAUGAGAAUAAGGCAAAUAUGACAAAGGGAAUUGAAAUAGAGGGAGUAAUAAGUUCAUUAAACGAGACGAAAGAAGAAACACCAAUUAGUUUACCAACAACUCCAAGUGGUUUUGAAACAACAUCACAAGGAGAAUUUAUUGCUGCAAUGCAUGAAACAGAAGCAGAAACUUUAGAGAAAGGUUUAGAAACAAAUGCAACAACUUCAAUUCCUGAAGUAACAUCAACAAAAGAGUCAAUAGCAAUAGUAGGCUUAGGAAGUGAAGAAGUUGGAGCUUCUGGUGAAGUUGAAACAAAUACUACAACAUCUGGAAUACACGGAGGAGAUGAAGAAUCUUCGGAAAUUACUGCUACAACACAAGUUGUCUUCGAAACAAGUACAACAAUACCAUUAGAAUCAACGUCAUCAAAAGAAUCGUUAGCAGUAAUUGCCCUGGGAAAUGAAGAAAACGAAACUUUUGUUGCACUUGGACCAAAUGCUACAACACCGAGUACUUAUGAACUAAAUACCACGGCUUCGGUUAUUUCUGAAACAAUUUCGACAAUACCAGAAAAUAAAACAAAAGAAGAAAUAUUUGGAGUAAUACCGUUUGAAGGUGGAAAUGAAGAAUCCACUAAUACCAGUUUAAAUGCAACAACGCCUGAAACAUUAUUGACUACUAAACCAGAAGGGAUUAUUAAUGAGACAGCUGAAACAAAUACUACAACAACUCCAGAAACUUCAACAACAAAAGAGGAAAUAUUUGGCGUUUUACUGCCACAUGAAGAGGAAAAGGAAGCUUCAGAAUUACCAGCUGAAUUAAAACCGGAAUUAAAUCCUACAACUCCUUCUAAUUUCGAAGCAAAUAUUACGGCUACGGGUGUUUCUGAAACAAGUUCAACGUCUAAAGAAGAAAUAUUUAGAGUAAUACCAUUUGGAAGUGUAGGAGAAGUUUCUGAAAUUCCGAGUGCAGAAAAUGUCACAACUGAAUCUAUAUCGACUAAUGAAACGAUAACAGCCAUCACUGAAGCUAACAAUGCUACAACAGAAAUAUUUGGAACAACAACAUCUACUUCAGAAAAAGAAAAUCUUGGAGUAGCAGCGGGACCUUUAGGCAUCCUUGGUGCCUCUGAAGCAAAUACUACAACACCUGAAGGAACACCGACUAAUGAAACAGGAGAAAUUAUCGGAGCAGCACAAGCCGCAGAAAUACCAACAAAUGCUUCUAAUUCUCAAUUAACAGGAUUCGAAAUAGAGGGAGUUAUUAGAAAAAUAAAUGGAACACAAAAAGAAGUGCCAGAAACACAUUUUGUUGCCGAAGAAAAUAACACAAGUACACCUACAUUUUUCCAGACGACAGAAAGUGGAGAAGGAAUUUCACCUGAACAUGUAGCUAUUUUGGGGGCUGGCAUUGGUGCUGCUUCUGAAUUCAAUGAAACAGCAACUAGUACUAUAGCAGCUGAAGCAUCAACAUUAGAAAGUGAGAAAGAAGUUUCUCAAGUUUUUGGCGGUCCUUUGGAGAUAAAUGCAACAACUCCUCUUGCAAAUUUAGCAACAACACCUGAAACUGAAGCAAUUGGUAUAUUUGGAGUAAAACCUGAAGAGGAAAAAGAAGUUUCUGAAAUUCCAAGCGGAGCUGAAUCAAAUCAAACAUUAAAUAAUUCAACACCAUUAUCAGAAACAUCUACACAAAUUGGGGUAGAGGAAGGGAUAUCUUCUGAAACAAAUAUUUCAACAACACCUGAAACUGAACCAGAAAUAUUUGGAAUAGUAGACGACGGAAAAGAAGAAAAUGUUCCUUCAGGUAUUGAAUCAAAUGCUAGUACAGUUGGGACAACAUCGAUAAAUGAGGCAACAGAAAAUGCAACUUUAGAAGCUUUGGAAGGGAAUAAUGCUACAUCCUCCACAAUAACUCCAACUGAAGGGCCAAUAAACGUUGUUGUUUUAGGGCCUUCUGAAUUAUUUGGCGGGGCUACAGAAAAUGCAACUAUUCAUCCUUCUGAAAAUGAAGAAACAACAAUUGAAGGAGAAAUUGGUGUUUCUGAAGAAAAUGUUACUUCUCAAUUAGAAACAUCAACAAAUGAAACAGAAUUAAUUGGAGCAAUAACUGAAGAAGGGAUUGAAGGAAGAAAUAUUUCAACAACAUUGGAAAAUAAAGUAGAAGGAAUAUUUGGAAUAGUACCUGAAGGUGAAGAAAGGAAUAAUACUGAAGGGAAUGUUACUGAAGCAACAAUUUCUGAAGCAACUACAACAAUUGAGGGAAUAAACACAACAACAGAAGGGACACCAGUUAAUGUAGCCGUUUUGGGAGGACCUCCCCAAUUAUCUGAGGGUGCUACAGAGAACAACACUACAAUUCAACCAGAAGAAUUAUUAACAACAAUUUCUGAAGGAAAUAUUUCUUCUGAAUUUUCAACAAUUUCUUCUAAUUCAGAAACAACAGAAGAAAUGCCAGAAUUAAUUAAUGCUGUUUCUCAAGUUGUUGAUGUAAAGAAAAUUGUAGUAACAGAAGAGCCAACAGUUGCUGCAGUUACAAAACUUGUAGAUUUUGUUGGAAGUAAUGGAACUAUUGGGGAAAUAAGGCCACACAAUAUUCUCAAAGAUUUUGGAAAUCGAGAAUGUAAUGGAGAAUUAUUAUUUACUGGAGAAAUAUUAACAGAUUAUACACAAUCAUUUGAAAUAAUAAUUGCUUCAGAAACAGUUUAUGAAUGUGUAAAAACUUGUUAUUUAUUAAAUUGUACAAAAGCUGCAUUUACACAUUUUCCUCGUUCUGCUUGUUUACUUCAUUUUAAUUUAAAUGAAUUACAAUUAGAACAAAAAUGUGAAAAUGAAACAGAAUUUGUUUCUAAUUGGAAUUUUAAACAAAUACCAGAAGUUGUUUCAAUUAAAUGUAUUAAAUGUGAAAAAGGGGAAGAAGAGAAAGAAGAAGAUAAACAAAAAUUAAAUGAAAGGGUUUUAAGAGAUGAAUUUAGAGUAACAACAAAAUGUUCUGGUCGAGUAGAAUUUAAUAUCCAUCCAGUACCUGAAUUACAUCUUCUUGAUAUAACAAAUGAUGUACCUGCAGAUACAGCUGCUGAUUGUGCAAGAAAAUGUUUUGAAACUCCAAAUUGUUUAAUUGCCGGUUUUAUUCCAACCCCUGGACAUGAAUCUUCUGGGGGUGUUUGUUUAUUAACUAAAAAUGUUGAAGGAAAAGAUAAUUGUACUCAAUCAAUUCGUUUAACAACCCAACAUGCUUCUACUGUCCCUUUUUUAAUUAAUUGUAUUAAAUGUACAGACUGUAACUACAGUCUAACAAUUGCUGAUUCAAAAAGGGUAAUUGUUGAUUCAACAAAUUCCAUUCCAACACAAACUAUUAAUGAAUGUGCCAUCAAAUGUGCAGAAAAUAAAUGUUCUUUGGCUAAAUUUGAUCCAAAUAAAUUAAUUUGCUCAUUUGCUGCAUCAGAUAAAUUACCUUUACCUCCAGUUGAAUUAGGCUGUCCAAUAGAAUCUGGUCUGCAAACUGAUGGAAUUUUUGAUGUUCUUCUAAAUUGUGUUAAAUGCAGCAACAUUUAA